AUGCACCUGCAGCACCUGGAGGAGCCCGUGCUGGAGCUGGGCGGGCCUGAUUCCCUCCCAGCGCUCCCAGUAAGAGCGAGACUGGCAGGGAGAGCGCUCCAGUUCCUGCCCGCUGCUCUCACCAUCGCUCCCAGUGCUCCCAGUAUCGCUCCCAGCCCCACGGGUCGGGACCGCUUUGGAACCCCCCAGGGCAGAGAGCGGCUGCUUUUGGGUGCCGGCACUGCCCGGGCCGGGCCGGGAGCGGAGCAGGAGCAGGAGCGGGAGGGAGAGGAGGGACAGAGGAAGAGGAAAAGGAAAGGAAAAGGGAAAGAGAGGAGCGGGAAGCAGAGGAAGAGGAGCAGGGGAGGAGCAGCCGCAGCACCAACCCCACGCGGUUCCCCCGCUCGCGCCGCGGCUGUCCCGGUUCCGCCCUUCCGGAGCCCGCAGGACUUCCCAUUCCCAAACCUUCGCCAGGUGGAGGAGGAGGCUGCGAGGAGGAGGAAGAUGCCCCAGGACCCCCAGGCAGGGAAGGAGCUGAUUGGAGAGCAGGGCGGACAAAUCCCCACGGCAGAACCUCUUGGCAGAGGCCGAUUUGAGCGGCUCCACAGGACAGGAAUCCAAUGGGGAGGAAAAGUCCCAGAGAUCUCACACAAGGAGGGGCUGCAAACGUGGAUCACAGGGAUCUGAGGAGGAAAGAGCCACCCUGUGCCAGGGAGGCGGCUGGAGCUUGGAGCUGGGGGUCCCUGAGCAGGUUCAGGAUGGGGAGAAGCCCCACAAGUGCUCAAAAUGUGGGAAGAGCUUCAGCAAGAGAUGCCACCUGACCUACCAUUAUAGAAUCCACACUGGGGAACGGCCCUACGAGUGUUGGCAGUGUGGGAAGAGCUUCAGCCACAACUCCAGCCUGAUCCGCCACCAGCACGUCCACCCGGGGAAGCGGCCUUACGGAUGUCCUGAGUGUGGGAAGAUCUUAAGAGCCAGAUCCAGCCUGAUUUUCUACCAGAGGAGCCACACAGGGGAAAAGCCCUAUGAGAUGAGCGUGACAAAUGCAGCAAGAGCUUUCAGAGCAGCUCCAGCCUCCUCCUGCACCAGCGCACUCACACCGAGGAGAGGCCCUUCCACUGCCCCCACUGCAGGAAGGAAUUCAGGCACAAGCACAGCCUCCUCAGGCACCAGCUCAUCCACUCCGGGGAGAGGCCCUAUGAGUGUCCCAGGUGUGGGAAGAGCUUCAGUUUGAGGUCCAGCCUGAUUAUCCACCAGAGCAGCCACACGAAGGCUGUGUGGGGAGUGUGGGAAGAGCUUUGCCUACAACUUCAGCCUGAUCCGCCACCAGAAGAUUCACACAGGGGAGAGGCCGUACGAGUGUAAUAAAUGCAGGAAGAGGUUUUAAGACCACCUCCAAUCUUGUCCAGCACCAGCGCAUUCAACACAGAGGAGAGGCCCUUCCACUGCCCCAACUGUAGGAAGGGCUUCAGGGUGAACUCCACCCUCAUCAGACACCGGCUCAUCCACACUGGAGAGAGGCCCUACGAGUGUCCCCAGUGUGGGAAGAGCUUCAAGACCAGCUAUGAAGUGACUGCCCACCAGCAGAGCCACAUGGGGAAAUGGCCCUACAGGUGUGGGGAGUGUGGGAAGAGCUUCAGGACGAGCUCCCACCUGACUGCCCACCAGCACAUCCACAGCGGGGAGAGGCCCUACGAGUGUCCCCAGUGUGGGAAGAGCUUCUCCCAGAGGUCAGCCUUGACCCAGCACCAACGCAGCCAGCACUGAGGGAAGCUGUGGGAGUGCCCCCAGGGCAGGAAGGGCUUUAUGUGCUGCUCCAGCUCCACAGCUCCAUCCCUCAUUGGAGGAUCAGCACUGGAUGAUCCCCAGUGACCCCGGUGGGCAGAGCCCUGGUGACCUCUGGUGCCAGUGAUCUGUGUUGGCUCCCCAUGAGCACCUGGACAAAUCCACAGACCAGCAUCAUAAAUCCAUUGUGGAGAGCUGUCGCCCUGAUUUUUUAAGAUUUUCUAAGCCUUCUGAUGUUUACAUUCUUGUAGCAAACUUUCUCACACACUUCCUGUAAAUAACUUAUUGUUUUGCAUUCUUUGAUGGAGGAGGAGAAAUUUGAUGGACUUGGUUUUUCCAGAGUCAUUGGAGAGGUGGGACUUUCCCCCUCUGAUCCACUGUCACUUUUGGAAAACUAUAAAUGUU